AAUUCUUACGGAUACUGGGAACCGACACUCCGUUUUAUUAACCAGAUAAAGUGGGGUAUUGCUACGCGCACUUGCAUUGCAAUAAGAUCUGAAGGCUUAUCGGCUUAUCGUUCCUGAACUUUUUGAACUUUCUGCGACCUCAUUCCAGAUCCAAAAAUCUAGGUGCAUAUCGUCGGGUACCCAAACUGAGUCAACCACCUGGCGCGAUAUCGCGAUUCUCUGAUUCACGGAUCGAUCUGGAACCCAAGCCUGAUACGAAAUGCCUCGAGCUAAGAGAAGCAAGCUCUAUAGGAAGCUCAUGGAGCGCUUCUCCAUAUCCUUUGGCUUCAGAGAACCCUACCAGGUCCUUAUCGAUGCCGAACUCCUCCUGGAUGCUUCCAGACAUAAGAUAGAACUGGUUAAGAGACUGGAGCAGACGUUACAUGGACAGGUGAAGCCCCUCAUCACGCAGUGCUGCAUCAGACAGCUUUACGGCCGCAAGGGUGAGGCGGGUGUGGACUCGGCAAUCGAGUUGGGCAAGUUGUUUGAAAGAAGACGCUGCGGACACCAUCCCGACCAGUACCCUGAGCCGCUCAGCGGGCUUGAAUGCCUGAGCUCAGUGGUCGAUCCGAAGGAUAAUGGCGUGAAUAAAUUUCACUACGUCGUUGCAUCCAACGAGCUUGAAAUUAGAGCACACAUGCGACGGAUUCUUGGUGUUCCGCUGAUCUACAUAACACGAAGUGUCAUGAUAAUGGAGCCAAUGGCAUCAGGGAGUGUCAACGAGCGAUCGAAAGAAGAAAGAGGCAAGCUACGAGCGGAGAUCAAGAAGCCCGUGGGGAAGAGGAAGCGCGACGACGACGACGACGACGACGACAAUAGUGACGGAGGACAGAAGAGGAAUGAACAAAAUAAGAGUAGCCGUGAGACCGAGCAGAAGGCAAAGCUCUCGCGCGCAAAGGGACCAAACCCGCUGGCUGUAAAGAAGCCCAAGAAAACCAAGACGGUUAACCAGGUUCAAGGUCCUAAAUCCUCGAUACCAAAACCUUUGGAGGGUAGUGAACUGGCGGAGGGGCCGAAACGAAAGCGUAAAAGGAAGCACAAAUCCACUGCUGCAGAUGGUGAGACUGUCGCCAUAGCCAAAUCUAAGGCGGCGCCACAGCCAGAGGCUGGGGUAGAGGUGGAGGCUUGACAAGGAAGAGGGACAAUGAGGAUUUGGAGAGCUGACAUCAUAAUAAACGGUAUGGGGGGUAAGGGGGGCAAGGGGGCUUUUGGCCUUGGUUGCUGAUGUCUGAUGUCGGGGCUGGUUCACAUGAUUAAUUUAGCUGAAAAAUGAGAUAUCACCUGUACGAACAGUCGAUCAGUUGUUUUAUUUUGUAUGAAAUGAGAGUAUCGAUUGCUCGAUUCCCAAGUCGCAC